UGCUACAAAGCUGUGACCCUCUGAAACACACAAACAUGGCCGGCAUGCAAACUCGUGCAGAGGAACCACACCUCAGGAUGGUGCUUGUUGGGAAAACUGGAGUUGGGAAGAGUGCAACAGGAAACACCAUCUUAGGAAGAAAUGCUUUUGAAUCUUUGUCAUCGUUUUCUUCUGUGACAGCAAGGUGCCAGAAGGAGAUGGGAGAGUGUGGAGGUCAGACGCUGGCUGUAGUCGAUACUCCGGGUCUGUUUGACACCACCCUGACCGAGGAGGAGGUGAAGAGAGAGAUCGUUAGAUGCAUCUCCUUCACUGCUCCCGGUCCUCACGUGUUCCUGGCUGUGAUCCAGAUGGGCAGAUUCACCAAAGAAGAACAAGAAACGGUGAAAAUCCUCCAGAAGCUGUUUGGAGAAGAAGCAGCAUGUUACACCAUGGCCUUGAUCACCCACGGAGACAGUCUGACCGCUGAUGGAGUCGACAUCGAAACUUUAAUUACUGGAAAUGGAGCCCUGCGUGACUUCAUUGGUCAGUGUGGAGACCGAUAUCACGUCUUGGACAACAGGAGCAAGGAUCCCGCUCAGGUCAGAGUGCUGCUGAAGAAGAUCAACACCAUGGUUCAGAGAAACGGAGGAACGUACUACAUCAAUGAGAUGUUCAUGGAGGUCGAGAGAGCCAUCGUAAAAAGGAAGACAUUGCUUCUCAAAAGAAAUCCUGGGAUGCCUGAAGACGAAGCAAGAAGACGGGCAGAGAUGAAGAACCGGUUCAUCAGGGCGAUGGGGAUAGGAGCGGGAGUCGGGAGCGUGUUGGGUCCAGUGGGAGCAGCUCUGGGAGCAUUAAUGGGAGUUGCAGGAGCAGCAGCCAAACACGGAGAAUGUGGAAUACUGUGAUAUGGAAACUGUAACUUUGCAGCUUUUCUGUUAACGCAUCUUCUUUGCAGCAACACAGACUCAUGAUCAUGUGUUUGUUUAU